GUGCUGGUGGUGCUACAUACUGCGCAUGCGUACGUGACUCCGGUCUUUUUCCCCCUUAGCGCGGCCGACUCUGCAGGUCUGCGUGGAGCCGCGGUUGCGGGUCUCUAUUCCGCAGGAUGGGGUUUGUGAAAGUUGUCAAGAAUAAGGCCUACUUUAAAAGAUACCAAGUGAGAUUUCGAAGGCGGCGAGAGGGUAAAACUGACUACUAUGCUCGAAAACGAUUGGUGAUCCAGGACAAGAAUAAGUACAACACACCCAAAUAUAGGAUGAUAGUUCGUGUAACUAACAGAGAUAUCAUCUGCCAGAUUGCAUAUGCCCGUAUAGAAGGGGAUAUGAUCGUCUGUGCAGCAUAUGCACAUGAACUUCCAAAAUAUGGUGUGAAAGUUGGCCUGACAAAUUAUGCUGCAGCCUAUUGCACUGGCCUGCUGCUGGCCCGCAGGCUUCUGAAUAGGUUUGGCAUGGACAAGAUCUAUGAAGGCCAAGUGGAGGUGAAUGGAGGUGAAUACAAUGUGGAAAGCAUUGACGGUCAGCCUGGUGCCUUCACUUGCUAUCUGGAUGCAGGUCUUGCCCGAACUACAACUGGCAAUAAAGUUUUUGGGGCCCUGAAGGGAGCUGUGGAUGGAGGCUUGUCUAUCCCUCAUAGUACCAAACGAUUCCCUGGUUAUGACUCUGAAAGCAAGGAGUUCAAUGCAGAGGUACAUCGGAAGCACAUCAUGGGUCAGAAUGUGGCAGACUACAUGCGCUACCUAAUGGAGGAAGAUGAAGAUGCGUAUAAGAAACAGUUCUCUCAGUACAUCAAGAACAACGUAACUCCAGACAUGAUGGAGGAGAUGUAUAAGAAAGCUCAUGCUGCUAUCCGAGAGAAUCCAGUCUAUGAGAAGAAGCCCAAGAGAGAAGUGAAGAAGAAGAGGUGGAAUCGUCCCAAAAUGUCUCUUGCCCAGAAGAAAGAUCGGGUUGCUCAAAAGAAGGCAAGCUUCCUCAGAGCUCAGGAAAGGGCUGCUGAAAGCUAAAGCAGUUUUCUAUGAAGAUUUUUUCAUAAAGACAAUAAACAUAUUGAUCAAGCAGCUUUUUCUGUGUUAAGCUGUUAUUAAUGAGACUAUAGGAAAUAGUGUGAAAUUACAAAAGCAAAGAAGUAGAUAGUUAUUUAAUUAAUUAAAUUAAUUUUACCUUUUGUGUUGCACCAUAACCUACCACUGGUGGGAUUAAGGGCAAGUAUUACCAUGCCUAGCUGAGAGUCUUUCUCCAGGAAAAACCAGCUUACAUGGGUUCCUGCAAAUCUCAUGAGUGUUUCUUGGGUUUCUAGUCUUCCUGGGAGGUGUCCUUAUCUUUCAGAUUUUCAGAUCUGGUAAUUAGCAUGAUCAUCAGGACAUUUAUUACAAACAAAUUGAUUAGUGGGAAGAAAGUAUCUCAAGGUCAAUCUUGGAAGUGAACAACUGGUGCUAAUCCAUGGCUUUAAAGAUUUGAGAACAACGGUGAAAUUUGGUUUGAGGAGAAGGGGGUGUCUAGGACGUUUCAUUUUUAUGGUACAUGCCAGACAUGAAUGUACAUAGGAAAAUAACUUGAAAGGGUCAAAUAUUAAACCUUGAAUAUCAGGUUCACUUGGGAAAGCAUUAGGUGCUUAUGCCUCUUAGUAAAUAGCCCUUCAUCCCAGAAGGAGCAAGAAUUGUCUUCCUGACUUAAUCCAGUCUUAGCUGAGGUGCUGUGCAUCUUUAUCAUCUUUGCCUUGCCUCACAGUGUCAGGCUCUGUGGUACUGGGGCUACACAGGUCAGGUAAACAGUUAACUGCUUACCUACAUCCCCAGCAAAGAUAAUGUGACGAUACUAAGAUGAACCUAUCAGAGCUUAAAGAUAAUGAGUUUCAGUCACAGUGAUAACUGCAUGCUAACUUCAGCAUGUAGAAUAUAUGCCGAAGCUAAAAGCCAUUCCACAGUUGACUCCAUCUGAAGUUAAAGUGUGUAAGUACACAGUAAAUCAUGCUAUAUUAACUGAACUUUUUAAUAAAUGAGUCAUUUGAAUUUA